AUGCCGCUCAUUAACGGGCAAAAGAUGGCCUGUGAGCCCUGCAUUCGCGGCCAUCGUUCAACAAAGUGCAACCAUGCCAAUGACAGGCUCAUGGUUCCUGUCCGAAAACCAGGUCGUCCGCUCAGCUCAUGCCCUCACCCCGCCUCGCGCCCGUGUUCUUGUGCCGCCGUCACUGCCGCCAUCCCCAAGAAGCAGACCUGUCGCUGCGGGCCCUCGUCCUCCUCCCAGCCUGCCCCGCCGGAUGCGAUCAAGAAAGAGCCCGAGUCGAAUGGCUCGUCGUUACCGACAAGUCCCACGAGAUCUACACCGGGCGCGCCGUUCAGAGUGCAGAAGUCGUCGAAAGCCGCGGCUCGCAAACAAUCUGUCGGUGUCGCCGGGCUCGAGAGGAUGGACGCUAACCAGCUCAACAUUAUACAAGGAUUUGACCCUACUCAGCCUGCAGCCAUAAACGGGACAAAUGGAAUAAAUGGACACGCCCCCAUGAAUGGAAUGGGGCCAUAUGCUGCUAUGGGUAUGCCCAUUACCGCGUCGCCCUUCACCAUACCCGGCAUGUACCCGAUGAUGCAGCAACCUAUGGUGCAGCCUUUCGCACCCGAAGUAAACGGUUCUAGAAAUGGAAAUAGCGAAUCAUCCAACGGCAAUGCGGAACCUGCCCCAGGAGGCUGCUGCAGCGGCAAGCAGGUGGCACAAGCAACCGCUGUCGAAAGCAAGGCCGCCGGAACCGACGGUAAACCCGAAGCCUCAGGAAGCUGCUGCUCGUCAAAAGACAACGGUACCAGCACCCCAACACAGCCGCCUACCGACAACGCCAAUGGCCAGUUAAACGGAAACGCGCUGCCUAUCUUUCAGUCGCCUAUGGGCAUGGCCAACGGCAUGUACCCAUUCUUUGCCACGCCAAACAUCUUUACAUAUCCUCCCCAAUACGGCUCCUACAUGCAGCCCCUCCAACCAAAGCAAUGGCGGCAGGCCAUGAGCAACAUGAACAUGGCUCCUCAAGUACAGCAAGCGUGCAUGUUUGGCGGUCAACCGGCCGUAUCCUAUCAGCAACACGGAACGACAGACCCCUCAACGUGGACCUCUCACCAGUGCAGCUGCGGCGACACUUGCCAGUGCAUCGGAUGCGCUGCCCAUCCGUACAAUGAUGCUACGCAGAGCUAUGUCCGCUCGGCCUGGAACGCGAUGAUGCAGGACGCUCAACCGGUGCAGAACGGACACGCGCACACCAACGGCACCCAUUCGCCGGCGAAUGGCACGCACGGCGUCACCAACGGACAGUUACCGCACACCAACGGCAUGACGGUGACGACGCCCACGGGCAAAAACGAAGGCGCUGUGUCGCCCACGGCGCCGCAAACGCCAUCGGAUGCCACGUCUGGUCUGGCAGAGGAGCAGGCCCUCUCGGCCAAUGACUUCUUCUUCGUCAGCUACCCUUUUACCGACGGAUGCGACGGCGAAAUGUCAAGCUGCCAAUGUGGCGACGAUUGUCAGUGCAUUGGCUGCGCGAUCCACAACAAUCCGAGCCCCAAGAUGGGACACUAA